CUGAUAAGCCUUCGAGAUUUCGCACGUAACAUUGCACGCACUGAACCACCAUCUAUGCUUUUCCACUGGAGCAACGAUAGUGAGACGGUAUCUCACGCCACCUUUCAAAUAACAAUGAAUAACUUCCGCAAACUCGCAGACCAUUUCAUUACACAGGCAGAAGCGCUGUGCGAUCAGUUGAUGUUUGGUGUACGU